AUGGGUGGAUCAGAGAAUGAUUAUAUAAGACAAGUUGAAAAGCUGAAAGGCAAAGUGAAGAUGAUGCUAACCAAUAUUGUAGAAGGGCUAUUGGAUCAACUUGAAUUGAUAGACAGACAACUUGCAGAGGCUUGGAGCAUCUACAAGAACACAACUGCUUUGGAAUUUAGGCUCCUCAGGGAACAUGGACAUCAUUUUCUUCAGAGUGUUCGUAAUAAGUGGUUUUGCUCGAGUGUAGAUGUUUCAAUUUUGGAAGAGAACAUAAAAAAAAUAACAGGCCAUCUAAUAGCAAUUCAAACAAGUCUCUUUGUCACAAAUCGAAUAAACCAGAAGGAAUUAGAAUUCCUGGAAAGCAACCCAGAUAUAUUAUAUUGGUCAUCCUUGAUCUUUCGACCUCAAGAUGAUUUAGGAACUUCAUCAGUAUGA